AUGGCGAAUAUUAACACGUAUUUGCGUAAAAAGAAGACGGCCCUGAACACGCUGGCUGGUUUAGAGGCAUUUAAAGACACAUUCGACGAAAAUGAUCGUUUUGAGAUUCCUGUGCGAUUGGAGUUGAUCGAUCAGUGCAAACAGGAUUUUGUGAAUAUAAUGAGCAAAUUGGAAGAACUCAAUGAAGAACUAGUGGACAACGAGAGCCACAUUCAAGAAAGAUCCUCGUUUGAUAAACGGUAUUGUGUAAUAAAGGGUUUCCUCUUGCAUCAAUCCGCCAAGGAAAUCAUUCCUUCGGCUAACUCGACGUUUAAUGCCACGACGGGUAGUGGAACGUUCGGAGGAGCAGUGCAUUUGCGUUUACCUAAAAUCGAACUUCCUUCGUUCAAUGGCGAAGCUACAAAAUGGUUGACGUUCAAGGAUCGUUUUAUAUCGAUGAUACAUAGUGCUACAGAAAUCCCAGCUGUGAUGAAGUUGCAGUAUCUGCUUGCAUCGUUGGUAGGAGAAGCUGCAACACAUUUCGAGCAUACAGAGGUUAUCGCAGAUAACUAUUCAGUUACGUGGGAUGCUCUGCUUAAGCGGUAUGACAACAAAAAGGCUCUAGUUCGCGAAUACUAUCGAGCGUUGCACUUCUUACCGCGGAUGCAGUCGGACCACGUGGACGAGUUGGCGCGACUAGUCGACGAUUUCACGCGCCAUGUGAAGGGUUUGCGCAAAUUGGGUGAGCCUAUCGAUCAUUGGGAUGUUCCAUUAACCAAUCUCCUUUUUUUGAAGAUGGAUAAGCUAUCAAUAGUCGCUUGGGAGGAGGCUGGUGCAGAGCGUGAUGGGUACGCCGGUCUGGUCAAAUUCCUGGAAGAUCGUGUACGAAUGCUCAAAUCGUCGAUGCUACUGGAGGAGCCGCCAGAUAGCAGUAAUCUCAAGGUGGCCGGCACUAAAGGUAGCGGAGCCAGUGAUAAUCCAUCUAGCGAGUCAGCAACGGAUAAGCAGUCCAAACCGUUGAACUGCCCUCUGUCGUGUGCUGAAAUCCAUCAUCUAAACGCGUGUCCAGUGUUUGCUCUGAAAACUGUGAAACAACGUCAGGAAGCAGUCAAACAACACAAGCUUUGCUGGAAUUGUUUGCGAGCAGAUCAUGCGGUGAAGAAUUGCAUCUCGAAGUUUACAUGUCAAGUUUGCAAAGGCAAGCACCAUUCUUUACUUCACGAUCCUGCACUGUGUCGAGUCAGCAUGAUGGCUCAUACCGCAGAUAUCCACAACGGCCUAGUGUUGCUGGAGACGGCCAUCGUAGACAUAGUGGAUGAUUAUGGCCAUGUAGUCAAGGCAAGGGCGUUGUUAGAUUCGGGCUCGAUGAAUGAUCAAGAUGUAUCCAACCACAUCAGUACGAAGGUCAAGGUCGAUUGA